AUGGAUCGGAUCAUGGAAGGAAAAACCUUGGCAUUUUCCAGUAGAGGAAGUGCCAUGUGUGCUGAAACGAUAUUUGGCGUUAUUAACAGCGAAGAAGAGUGUCUGAAAGUGAUAGACAUGGCAAGACUCAGCGCGCUCCCCAGGGUCAAGUCGAGGCUGUCCGAUGAAGAGCGCAACUCCAUCCGGCCGGGGAGCAUAUACGUGUAUGAAGAGGAAGAAAGCGGAAUAUCUCGGUGGACGGACAGCAAAACAUGGUCCUCUUCGAAAAUACAAGGGAGAUGUCUGAUGUACUACGAACUAGCUGAAACGCCGUGCGAUGAGAGGCUGGAGAGCCUUCGAUACAGCAGCAGCCUUGAGAACGUCUUAAGCACGGGCAGGGAGAUCAUCAGUCUUGGCGUGCACGAGAAGAAAGUCCGCAAGAAGAACGGGCUGAUAAAAAUGACUACAUCCCUUGUGUAUGAAAGCAAGUCGUACCAUCUUCUUUCUUACUUCACAGAGCCCUUUUCCAAAGAGUACACAAGAGGGCCCAUUUGGAACAUGGUGUAUGCCUGGGAGAUACCCUUCAAUCUCGUUCUUCGUGUAAACUACCGAAGGCGCAGGAAGACGGGAAAGAUCCCCACCAACGACUCCAUCAAGCCAAUCAAGAUAAGACAAAGGUAUGAGAAAAAACUGAACUCCUUUCCUCUCUCUGAGAAGCAGGGUGUAGUUAGGAAAGAAACAGAAGACAUAGAUAUAACCCGAGAGAUUCUUGAUGAGUACGCUUUGCCGAGUAAUAAUGGAUUCUUUUCUUUUCAAUGA